GAAAUUUUUUAUCUUUCAACGUUUCUUUCCUCAAAAAAUAAAUACCUUGAAUUGUGAAAAUUACUCAUAUUUUUUAAUCAUUUACAAUAAAAUCUACGAGCUACGUGAAAUUUUCAAUGAUGAUCGAAUAAAGUUAUAUUAAAAUGGAAAAGUUGAGUCAAUCCGCCGAGUACAAAUUGUUCAGGAGUAAUAUUCCAUUGAAGAACAUCUGCGUCGAUAAUUGUAGAAAUAAGAGUUGGAAAGUAUUCGACGCGGGUCCUAAAAAUGUUCGAUCUCCAUUGAUAUUCUUACCUCCAGCCUGUGGAACGGCGGAUAUCUAUUUCAGACAGCUGUUAGAACUUAGUACCUGUGGUUACCGUGUCAUUGCAGUAGAGUCUCCAUCAUCGUAUUGGUCCGUCAAUGAAUGGUGUAAUGGUUUUAAAUUACUUUUAGAUCAUUUGUGUUUAGAUAAAGUGCAUUUGUUCGGCGCUUCUUUGGGUGGAUUCUUAGCGCAAAAAUUUGUCGAACAUACAUCGUCUUACCCUCGAGUUGAAUCGUUAUUUCUCUGCAAUACAUUUGUUGAUACCGGAAUAUUUGAUUUUUCUGAAACAUGCACUUUUUUUUGGAUGUUUCCUUUUAUUUUAUUGAGACGUUUCGUUAUGCCGAGCUUAAUUACACCGAGUCAUGACAAAGAUAUCAAACAUGCGGCAGAAUUUGUGAUAGAAAAGUUGAAUACUCUGAAUCAAGCCGAUUUAGCUUCUCGAUUAACGAUUAACUGCUCUCCAUCGCGAGUGAAACCGACAAGUAUGCGCGGAUUAAUGGCGGUUACCAUUAUGGAUGUAUUUGAUGAAUACGCGAUAUGCAGUCCUGUUCGAGAAGAAAUCUAUCGACUUUAUCCUCAUGCAAAAUUGGCUCAACUGAAAUCUGGAGGAAAUUUUCCCUAUUUGAGUCGAUUUGACGAAGUAAAUCUACAUAUUAAGAUACAUUUGAGAAAAUUUGAAAACGGUGAUCAAAGCGCCAAGUUGAAGGAAACGCCAACUUCUCCAAACGAACCGUAGUCAAUUUAUUUCAAAAGAACUGAAGGUUGUAUAUUGUACUAUUUAUUGAUACCGGUACCUUUGAUGGGGAAAAAAGUGAAAAUAUUUUUAAUAUUUAUCGAACGAUUGGAAUUCUUUCACCGUCGUCCGGUUACUCAGAAUUUACCAUAAUUUUAAUUUGCUUUCAUUGGCGUAAGAUGAAUAUUUACCUGCAGUCGAUUUUGAAGUUUUCUUAUCUGUCGAAACAAAAUACUCGAAAUUUUGAAAAUUUACUCUCGGAUUUAUGAUAAUUUAUUGUCUUGUCUCAUUCGUAUUUCAUUUAUGAAAAGGAGCGGAGCAAUUGUAUUCAUGUAAACGUAAUUAUGUACCAUUAUAAUCGGGUCGUUUCAAUUUUUUUUUCUAAAUCAAUGAAUCUAUUUUUACUUAUUGUGAUAAAUCAUGAAAUAUGAUCGCUUCUUGUUGAUGAAAUGUUUCAUUUCAAUGUUGUCGGUCUAAGAAAUAAAACUGAAAAAUUAUGCGCAGCUUCAGGUAAAGUUGGUUGAAACUUUCGUGUUUUAUGCAGCUUUAUCGAGUCAGUGAACUCUCGAGCAUUUUUAUUUAUUCCCACCUUAAGGAUGAACAUAGGAUUUUUUCAAAUACUCGUAUCAACUCGAGUCAUUUCACGAGUGCCUUUUAAUGUUGACUUUAGUUUUAAUUCCCUGGUAGCAUGUACCUAUCUAGGUUAUUUUGUUAAACUAUUCUCGUAUAAAAUUAAUUCAAUUACUUUCAGACUGUGAUGUAUUUAACUAUAUAUACGUAUUAUAAGCGAUACUUGCCAUUUUUUUAAAGAUAUAUUCUUUAUGAGUGUAUGAUCUGAUACGAAUUUCUCUUUUGGGAUGAUAUUUUCCUAUGACAAUACUUAGGUUCUAUUUAAGUAUUCGUAAUAUUAUUAUUUAGAUCUUUAAAAAAAAAAACGAUUGAUUUAUCGAGAAAUGUUAUUAUUUUAAUUGAUCAAUCAGCGAAACGAGUGAAAAUUUCAUCUUUUUUGCCUACCAAAUAUUUGGUUACUCUAUUUUAUCUUUUAUUAUUAUUUAUUUUUUUAAUUUAAACGGUUGUGCAUGAUGAUGAUGUAAUGUUUUAUUAAUUGCAUCUUAGGUCAAUUAUUUAUUAUAGUAUUUUUACGUUAAUUGUAAGAGAUCAUGUAAUCAUCUACACCACUAUUCGAUUACCUCUAGUUAAGGUUUAAUCACUACACUUGCCAAAUAUAAUGAUAAAUUCACUGAUAA